AGAGGCCGCCGCGAUGCUGAAGCGAUUCCUCCUCCUGUCGGCCGCCGCCGCCGCCGCCGCCGUCUCGCCCUGUAACUCCAAGUCUCCUUCUCUCGCGUUCGCUGGAUCUGUUCUCCCAUCUAUCCCACGUACCACUGCUAUCUCCUCCAUCCAGUCGUCCUUCGUGGGUUCGCUGGGGCAAUCAAUUGUUGCUGUCGAGGAAGCAAAGGGGGAUAGCGCAACGAGCUUGUACAUGAGCUGCCGUCGCAAUUUGAAGAAGGAGAAGAGGCUUCGUAACGAGAUCUGCGCUCGUCAGUACCGCAAGCCCAAGUCCAAGUUCAGGGGGAGCCGCCCAGGACGCAACGCGCGUGCCAUGGAAGAGGAUGCUGAUAGCGAGUGGCUGUCUCAGAUCUACGGACAACAUACCAUCUAUCGCCGUGACGAGAAGGCUGUUUCCUCUCCUGCUGAGAAGACUGGUGGAGUGGAAGCGAAGCAAGCAGUAGCUGCUUAGAGGGUUCAUUGACUACUUUAGGGUUUAUUCAUCAAGUGAUCACCGAGACGAAUGUUUGAAGAUACUUACCAC